UGGAGUUAAGAAAGAAGGGAGGGCCAGAGUGUGUCUAGUACAUUUGGGAGACUCCGGGACACUGAAGAAAAGCACACAGAUACCUGCCAAGCACACAACUACUUAUUUUUCAAAAGCAGAAUGGGGAACUCAAUCCCAAAUUGUCUCAAAUGUUGCAAUAAAAAGGAAAGCUUUGAUCUGGAUAAAGGCGAGAAAACUAAUACUGAUGAGAAUACAGAACGAGGAAACUGGUCCAGCAAAUCCGAAUAUCUCUUAUCCAUGGUAGGAUAUGCUGUGGGUUUAGGAAACGUUUGGAGAUUUCCCUAUCUCACCUUCCAGAAUGGAGGAGGUGCAUUUCUCAUCCCAUACACCAUUAUGCUUGCGCUGGCUGGACUUCCUCUGUUUUUUUUAGAGUGUUCUCUUGGACAGUUUUCUAGUUUAGGACCAGUAGCCAUGUGGAAGGUUCUCCCUAUCUUUGAAGGUGUUGGAAUUACAAUGGUUCUUAUUUCCACACUAGUAACAAUCUAUUAUAAUAUCAUCAUUGCCUACAGCCUGUACUAUCUCUUUGCUUCGUUUACAAGUGUACUUCCGUGGUCUGAGUGUUUUGAAUGGGCUGAUGCCAACUGUAGCAAGACUCCCAAAGGAUUUUGCAGCGUUAAUAUGAGCUUCGAUAUAUUGGAAACAGUCAAUCUUACUUUUGUCAAGCAACAAAACUACACCUGUUUACCUAAUACAACUGUGAGGCUCGACACAGAAAUCCCAAGCAAGCAAUACUGGGAAAAGGUGGCACUUCGUCGUUCUAGUGGUCUCGAUGAGACUGGAGAAGUUGUUUGGUACUUGGCUCUAUGUCUUCUUCUUGCAUGGAUAAUUAUUGGAGCUGCACUGUUUAAAGGCAUUAAAUCUUCAGGAAAGGUGGUAUACUUCACUGCGAUAUUUCCAUAUAUUGUCCUUCUUAUUCUCUUGGUACGAGGCGCUACGCUGGAAGGGGCGUACGAAGGGAUUAGUUAUUAUAUUGGCACACAGUCGGAUUUUUCAAAACUAAAUAACGCAGAUGUCUGGAAAGAUGCUGCCACUCAGAUAUUUUUCUCCUUAUCAACUGCAUGGGGUGGCCUGGUAGCUCUCUCGUCGUACAACAAAUUUAAAAAUAAUUGUUAUGGAGAUGCCAUAAUGGUGUGCGUUACAAACUGCCUCACAAGCGUCUUUGCUGGAUUUGCAAUAUUCUCCAUAUUGGGCCACAUGGCCUUUAAAGCUGAGAAGCCUGUACAGGAGGUAGUGGAUUCAGGAUUUGCUUUAGCGUUCAUUGCCUAUCCAGAAGCUCUGUCCCAGCUGCCCGUUGCUCCACUGUGGUCUAUUUUGUUCUUUUUCAUGCUGCUGACUCUUGGGUUGGACUCUCAAUUUGCAUCUGUAGAGACAAUAACAACCACUAUACAAGAUGCGUACCCAAAGGUGAUGAAGAAAAUGCGUGGUUUGAUAACUGUUGGAGCGUGCAUUGUGUUUUUCUUUCUUGGUCUACUCUGUGUUACUGAGGCAGGGAUUUUCUGGGUGGAUCUUAUUGAUUACUUUUGUGCUGGAUGGGGAAUUCUUAUUGCAGCAAUUCUGGAGAUUAUAGGAAUCUGCUGGAUUUAUGGUGGAAACCGUUUUAUUGAAGAUAUUGAAAUGAUGAUUGGGAAAAAAAAUUGGAUAUUCUGGCUGUGGUGGAGAAUGUGCUGGUUUUUCAUAACUCCUCUUCUAUUGUUAGCCAUUUUGAUCUGGUCCCUGGUAACAUUUUCAAGCCCAAUGCAUGGAUCUAUUCCAUACCCCACAUGGGGCGUUGUUAUAGGCUGGUUAAUGAUAAUAUUCUGCCUUAUUUGGAUUCCUAUCCUUGCGUGUGUCAAACUGUACCAGUCUGAAGGAACACUUUUGCAGCGCUUUCGGAAGAUAUGUUCCCCAACCCCAGACUGGGGACCUGCCCUGGAGCAACAUCGACAAGGAAGAUACAAAUCUACUGAUUUACAGAAAGUUACAAAUGAUGUCAAUUUGCCAACAAUAGAUGGAGGAUUUGUCAACACAGAGUUUGUUCCGGAUAACUAAAAGAAAAACCAAAGGAUAUAUUUAUUAUUUUUGUUUUUAUUGGUGCAAAGAGGUUUUUUUUAACCAGUAAGAAACCAGAUCUCCUUUAUUGUGCAUGGAAUAGCAAGUGGCACAUUGGACAAGAGCAUUUCUUGAAGCUAUUCCUUGUAGUAUGGUUUAAACAUCGGAAAAUUCAACAGCACAAAUUUCAUAGUGAACUUGAUAAAUAUAAAACACAAUCAUUAUUCAAAUGAAAUUCCCAUUUGCAUCAUCCUUUUUUUUUAAGGAAUGUUUUUAAGGAAUGUUAGGUUUUAGAGAUUGUUCUUGUAAUUUUUUUUUUUUAAUUUUACCAAAGAUAUAGUUUGUUCAUAUGAGUUUAUAAUAAUAUAAUGCAACACAACACUUCUUAAAUGCACAAAAAAAAAUGCAAGAAUUCAUCGCCAUGAUGCCAGAUACAUGGUGCUCAUAGUAUAAAAAUAUUUUGCACAACUAUUCCAUAUCUGUGUUUGCCACUUUCAAAUGAAGAGUGGAGACUGGUUCUCAUCCAUCAUUAUUAUUGCGCGUAAAUAUAUAUAUUUUUUUUUAGAUUCACUUGAAUGAUACACUGUGCAGAAUACGUUUGUGCAUGCGCAGUAGUUCUCUUAAUUGAAUGCUUCAGGAUUGCCAGGACUGACUGAAGAGAUAGCAGCCCAUUUCUAAAUGGCCUCGUGGACAGUGAAAGAUCAGAGGCCCAAAGAUGUAUUGCUAAAGAGGGACCUUCAGACUUGACUAUCUCUAUAACACAUUCAUUUCCAUGUCACUGUCUUAGUGUUGUCUUAGUGUUGCAUAUGUUUCACUAUGCAAUUUGUAUGAAUCAUUUAUCCAAGUGUCACUGACAUGUUUACAUCUAAUUUUCAAAGAUUUUUUUUUAAGCAAUUUAUUAAAUCUGAUGAGUUUUGUUUCAUUUGUUGCUGCAUUUA